UACCAGGCACAAAGAUCAUACCCCAAAGACAUACUAACCUUUCACCAUUACCAGUAACGGGAGGUUAGUUUAUGAUAUUUAUGCCUCUGUAACUUUCAUCAUUAUUCACGAUUCAUUCAUGAUUAUCCGUAAUCAUGGUAGCAUCCACAUUAAUGUAGAAUUGUUCAGAAAAAUAUUGUUUUCUUAUUUACAAUAGAAGUGAGUCCAAAAUUACACAAUUACAUGAUUUACCAUUCAUUUAUUUUGGAAACAAAGUCAUCUGAAAGACACUGUAAGGGAAUUUGUCCAAAUACUAAUAACAGAACUAGAUGCAUAAGUGUUUCAUCUCGAAUCCAAAAUGCUGCAGUAUAGAGUCAAAUUAAAGUUUCAGCUUCACUGACCAAAGAAUUACGUAGGGGAGUAUAUAUAGAUUUAUUUAUAUAUAGAGUAUAUAUAGAAUUUUAAGGCUAGCGAUAUCUCUCUCUCUUUCUUUCUUUCUUUCUUUUUUUUCUCUCGCUCUUUCUCUUAAAAUGUGUCCCAGCGAGUGCUUUCUAGGAAUGACAUGUUGCAGCCUACACCCCCACUAGCACUGUCAAGUAACAAGCUAUUGUCUCAGUCACCUCAGUCUCAACUUAACCUGACACCAUGCAUUCAUUCAAGCUCCUACCACGAUGCUUCUGUCCAAUGACGGGCUGGCGUCCUACAGACGAGGUCACAGCCCCUACAGAAAACCUAUUGUUAACUCAUUCAGGGUAGCGGCCCUCCAGAGCCCUUUAACUAAUUGCAUGUCAAAUAAGAAUGAUGGUACUAGUAGGGAGACAAGUGUUUGGGUGAGCAUUACUAAAUUGCAUAGAAGGGUUGUUAACACACAGGGUUGCUAAUGUAACUGAUUUAUGGGGUCUCGUCCAGGAUCUCAUCAAACUAACAUGGGGAAAAAAACACCUGCUGAUUUUCUAAUGCAUAUUUUUUGGACAGGCAGUGUUUUCCUUCAACAGAUAUUGUUAUGUAUGUGGCGGAAAAGGCAGGCUUCUCUCUCAGGACCUACUGGGCCCCAGUGAGAUGGAUAUUGUUUAAGUAGUGCCGGUCAGCGACUGUUACCCAAGAGUAGGGCUAGGCUAGUGCACCAGGCUCCUAUUCCCUCACAUUGCUGGGUCUUGUUCAUUAGGGCGUGCAAAGGAAAAUGCUUUAAACGCUUUGCAACAGAAAACAAGAAUGAGCGUUUCUUAUUGGCCAAAACCUGGUAGUCCCUCCCUGUUUCAGUCGGUUUCCUUUUGUUUGGUGUCGAAUGAACGCUACCCUGGGGAAUGAGACUAGGGUUAUGUCUCUGUUGUGACAAGAGUUAUCAUAUAGGGUUUCCUUCCAGCUCUUACCCACUGACCCAGUCUACAUAUAGCGUGUGUAUUUAAGACACAGUAGCAUGCCUAAAUGCGCACAUAUAAUAUAUAUUCUUUAGCCUAUAUAUGUGGAGUUCUGAGUUAGAUGGAGAUGUCCAGGGAAUGGAUUUUAUGGUGUUGGGACAGCUGGAGUCUGGUUGCACUGCAUUGGUGUGUGCUGUGGCGGGCUACUUUUGUGUUUUUUAAUUUAUGGUUUAGGUGAUGGGCUUUUACAUGGGAAAAGGAUGGUAAUUCAAAUCCAGUGGCUUCCCUUCCCUAUACACACGUGUGAUAGGUUCUUUUCAGCAGGGCAAUGUGUCCUUCCUUGUUGCAGAUAGGAGUUCCUCUAGUCCUUUGUCAUUUGGCUAAUAUGUUUGUGCUAAAGUCGCUACUUCAAUUAGAUCCUGAAUGGUUCGAAGUGCCUGUCAGUGUUGUUUGUCUUUUCAGUAGGACGUGUCUUUGUAAAUGGAGCCACAUUUGCGCAAGUUGAGAAUGAAAGUGGAAGUUGUAGGCUACGGGGAAAUAGAGGUGAUAUGAGGCUUGUGAGGAAUGGAUAGAAAGAAAGGGUCACCGCUGGUUUCACAUCUCUUUAAGGAGGAGAAGAAAUGCACGUUUUUGUCUUUGAAGAAGAUUCCAUCUCAAACAUGCCAUUGAUUAAUUUUACUCUCGUUUGCCCUCAGAACUCGGAAAGGAUGGCGUCACAGGAAGGGGGGGGGGCUCCUCCUAACGGCAGCCAAUCAGACAGCCGGUUGAAGAGCAAGAAGCCGCCCAGUCUGGUCAUAGCCAUCCCUGCCCCAGAGGAAGAAGAGAGGGUCGAAGAGGGAGCUGAAACGGUCAAGCAGCCCCUGCGUUCGUCCAUGAAGAAGAGUGAGAGCCUGCAGCAGGCCAGUCCUCUGUCUGACAGUGGUACUGAUGGUGGUGGUGGAGGAGGUCACAGUGUUGGGGACAGGAGGGCAGCCUUCCACAGACAGAACUCCCUGUCUCAGAGCAUACGCAAGGGCACAGCCCAAGCUACAGCCCAGGCAGCAGGUUGGUUCGGGGUGGGUGAGGACUGUGAGACCAAGCAGCAGCUAUGGCAGAAGAAGAGCCUGCGCCACUGCAGCCAGCGCUACGGCAAGCUCAAGGCCCAGUACAGAGAGCCGGAGCUCCCCAUCAGCAUGGACCAGGGCCUGGACUCACCCGCUGCAAACAAGAUGCCCAAGAUUGUGGACCCCCUAGCUCGGGGGCGUGCGUUCCGUUACCCGGAUGAGACGGACCGACCUCCCCGUACCCCCCACACGGGACCCGUCACCCCGGGGUUUACCUCCCUCUCCUCCUUCACCUCCCAGCGCUCCGGGGGCUACGCCCGUUUGCCUCAACGCAAGAGGGAGUCUGUCGCCCGCAUGAGUAUACGAGCAGCAUCCAACCUCAUCAGGGGUCGUUCAGGUCUAGUGGGCUCCCAGACCGGUCGUAGUUUCCCCCGGCGGAGCUUCGCCCGGCCCAGCUGGCUGGAGGAGGACACCGUGGACUCUGCAGACACUCACGGGUCCGUCUUCUUCAGCAAGAUGGAUGCCCAUGAGGAGUUGUACUCCAUGGCUGAUGAUGUGUUCGAGUCGCCCCCUAUGUCGGCUUCCUACGGAGACCACCAUGAGCCCUACCAGAGCCUUAGGGACGUGUCUAAAACCCCCACCAUGCAUAUUGAGAAGGCCGGGUCGCAGCAGCGGGGGCGUCGUAUCGCCUCCCAGGUCAAGCACUUUGCCUUUGACAAGCCCAAGCGGCAGUACGGCAUGGGCGUGGUGGGCAAGUGGCUCAACCGUCACUACCGCCGCAGCAUCAGCAGCCAGGUGCAGAAACAGCUGGACGACUUCAGCAGCCACAGACCGUACUUCACCUACUGGAUCACCUUCGUCCACGUGGUCAUCACCAUCCUGGCCUGUGCUACCUAUGGCUUUGCCCCUGUGGGGUUCGCCCAACACUCCACCUCUGAAUUGGUGUUGAAGAACAAAGGCAUCUAUGAGAGUGUCAAGUUCAUCCAGCAGGAGAACUUCUGGAUCGGCCCCGGCUCUGAGGACCUAAUCCACCUUGGAGCCAAGUUCUCCCCAUGUAUCCGCAAGGACAGCCAGAUAGUCAGUCUCAUCCAGAAAGCCAAGGACCAGGAGAGAGAGUCCGGUUGCUGUGUACAGAACGACAACUCAGGCUGUGUCCAGACCCUCAGCAACGACUGCUCGGAGUCCUUGGCCACCUUCAUGAAAUGGAGGGAUGAAGAUGUGGACAUUCUGAGGUCGUCAGGCUCUGUGUGUCACCAGGACCCCAGGACCUGUGAAGAGCCCGCCUCCGCAGAGCCUCACAUCUGGCCCGAUGACAUCACACAUUGGCCGAUCUGCACCUCCCCCCGCAAGACGAACCUGACAGGCUACAGACACAUGGACUGUAACCUCAAGGGACGACCCUGCUGCAUAGGCACUAAGGGCCGGUGUGAGAUCACUACGAGAGAGUACUGCUCCUUCAUGCACGGUUACUUCCACGAGGAGGCCACCCUCUGCUCCCAGAUCCACUGUCUGGAUGAUGUGUGUGGCCUCCUGCCCUUCCUCAACCCUGACGUCCCCGACCAGGUCUACAGGCUGUGGCUCUCCUUGUUCCUACACGCAGGCCUAGUCCACUGCCUGGUGUCCAUAGUGUUCCAGAUGACUAUCCUGAGAGACCUGGAGAAACUGGCUGGCUGGGUCCGCAUCUCCAUUAUCUACGUCCUCUCUGGCAUCACCGGCAACCUGGCCAGCGCCCUCUUCCUCCCCUACAGAGCCGAGGUUGGCCCAGCUGGCUCCCAGUUCGGGCUGCUUGCCUGCCUGUUUGUGGAGCUCAUCCAGGGCUGGCAGAUGCUGGAGAAGCCGUGGAAGGCCUUCCUCAAGCUGGUGGGCAUCGUCUUCUUCCUGUUCCUGUGUGGCUUGCUGCCCUGGAUCGAUAACAUCGCCCACAUCUUCGGCUUCCUCAGCGGCCUGCUGCUCUCCUUCUCCUUCCUGCCCUACGUGACGUUCGGCGACUUCGACAAGUACCGAAAGCGUGUCCUCAUCCUGCUAUCGCUGCUGGUCUACCUGGGCCUGCUCUCCUCGCUGGUCGUCUGGUUCUAUUUCUACCCCAUCAACUGGCACUGGCUGGAGCACCUCACCUGCCUGCCCUUCACCAGCAAGUUCUGUGAGAAGUACGACAUCGACCAUGUGGUGCACUAGGCUAAAGCACUCACUAAAGCGCUAACAGCUAAUGCUAGCUGGCUUUAGAACCUGGACAUUGACUAAAGCGCUAACGGCUAAUAAGAGCUGGCUUUAGAACCUGGACAGGAAGCGCAGUGGAAAAUACUUUUAAGGGAAACGGAACUUAAAGGGACAGCGCAACUGGUUCAUAUGCCCGUAAGCACCCAGGGUAUCUACGCACAUUGCAUUCAAGACUGUACAGCUAUGCUAGUUCCUCUGGAGAGAACGACUCGGUCUGAGCGUGGUGUUAAAGUGGACUUGGAAGACGACAGAGGAUAUCCUACCCUGUCGGUUCAUAAACUGUCACGUUAAUACUACAGAGGCCUCUUAUUUGUUAAUUUUUGUACUCAUUUUCUACAACACUGGAUGUAUCUUAACACUACGUGAUAUAGCAUUUCAUUAUGUUCAGAUACUUUGAAUUAGCUGUUCAUGUGAGCAUUUAAUUAUGGUAUUGAAUACAAGUCAUACAGUUUGUCACUGGCUGGAGCAUUGUUUCAACUUGAACCUGUCAAUAAAAUUGUGUUAUUGUAUCUGUAAAUGAUGCUUGUUCUUCAUCUGAAGGAUUGCCCUGACCUUCCAAAUCCUGCCUUCCAAAUCUGCCUAGGUUAUUUAUGGCAACAGCCACAGGUGCUUGGUAAAUAUACAUCUAACUAAUUCCAAUUGAACUGUGUCACUGCCCCAAUGACAAGCUGUUAGUUAAAAUAUAGGAAGGCUUUUCGGUUUAAGUGCACUACUAAUUAAACACGUUGACUUGUUUUGGCCAUAAUUGUGGCGUUUCACUGGACAUUGUGUUAUAGCUUUGAUACUCAAACGUUAAUUAAACGAAAUAUCGUAAGAUUAUAGGAUCUGACUGACCUUCCAAAAGGCAGUAUGUGAUCUGAUCGAGCAAGGUAGAAAGUCCAUGUUGUUUCACUUCAAACUACAAUGUGCUUGCACUAUAUCUCUACAGAUAUAUAUAGUAAUUAUAGCACUUCAGUGCUGUCGAGGUAAAUUACUUAUCAAUGUAUUAUGUGUAUAUAUUUAAAAAGCGAACGAGAAUCCAUGUACUGUGUGCCUUGAUCAGUGGCCAUUGAUUCAAGAAAGGCUGCUAGUCACUCUUUUCAUUAUAGAUAUCAAAAUGGCCAACCAAGUUUCUGCCAACCUGGCCUGGUCCUGGUCUCUUAGAUUAUGACCCUCUCCUCUGGCAGCUGCCCACUCUUCACUGCUUAGGACGUAUCCUGAGAGGUGGAUUACUGCAGUGAUGUGGAUUAUUUGAGCAGGAUUUACUAUGCUUUGUUAAGUCACUUUACACACCAGCAGUCAACUGGUGGCGUUAAUGGCCGACUAUGUCAAUAACGUGCAAUUCUUCACAGGUGUUGGUUGGACGAUCGUUGAGUACUGUUUUACGUUGUCUUGUCAUUUUGAGCAUUUAAAUGGUUGCGACUCUGUAAUUUGCAAGGAAUCUGUCCCUCUUUUCUUUUUUAUUUGAACACUUUAGCACAGUCUGGUCCUCUUCAUAGGAAUUCACAGUGCCUUCUGAAAUGUGUGUAAUUCUUGAAUUUGAGUGUCUGUAAAUCGGCAAGCAUAAAUGCAUAAGUCUGUAAAUGCAUUUGGACCAAAUUGAUGAGUUAUUUAUUUGGAAUUUGCUCUUUUACUGAGAUAUUGUGAUCUUAUUGCUGUAGUUUUUUUUUAAAGACAUUAGCCUUACGUGUAUGUACAAAUUCACACAAUGUUCUUAAAAAUAAAUGUAAUAAUGUUU